UUGAAUGCAAAACAAAUUACGCGCUUGAAAACGAAGUUCAUUUUAAAUAAACAUAACUGAAUUUUCGAAAAGAAAAGCAAUGGAAAAAAAACGAUUCGCAUUUAAUUGUCUUCCAUUUUUGCAGACCUGAAGAUGAUUUUCAGUAACAAUCUAUUUUAUACGUGGAAUUAAACAAACAAAGAUGGACACGAAAAAUGUGUGUAACUCGAAAGACUCAGAAGAUAUGGUGAAAGAAAUACAAGACAAAGACAUUUUGCAUUGGAAUUAUCGAGGUUUAAAGGAAAUUCCCGAAGCGAUAAGGCAUCACGGAACCAACAUCAAAGAAAUCUAUUUGAAAAACAAUGAAUUAACGAGUUUACCAUCGUGGUUGAAAGAUUGUUCCGAAGUUACCAACCUGUAUUUCUACGGCAAUAAUAUCGAGCGUGUUCCGGAUGCUCUUGGGCAAAUGUCGCAUUUAACCGUGCUCGAUAUCAGCGCGAAUCGACUGAGCGAGUUUCCGACUUGCCUAGCGUAUUUGAAAAACUUGCAAUCGCUAUCGGUCGACCAGAACUCCAUCACACGAUUACCAACUUCGUUAGAAAGACUAAAGAAGCUGGAGCGUUUAUCGAUAUCUGGAAAUCAAAUAGUCGUGCUACCCGAGUGGCUAGGUACCUUACCUCGCCUCACCGAACUCUUGGCUGACAAUAAUCUCAUUGAAGAAAUACCGAAUCGGUUGACCUUAUCGACGUCGUUGGAAUUAUUAUCAGUUCGCUCGAACAAGCUCAAUUUUUUACCCAUGAAUGGAUUUCUAUCUAAUCCAAUUAUACGCUUUGAUUCGAAUUUAUUUUUGAAUUAUCUGUCGCUUCCGGUGCUGCUGCAGCUAUUCUCAAAAACCUCGCAGCCGUCGAGUCAAGUGGAGGCGGGUGGCGCUCUGGCAUACGGGUGCUUCAGCUCGAGAAAUAACGACAAACGAAGAUACGAUGCUGGCAUAAAAUUAUUGCUGAUAUCUGACAGAAAUAGUGUCGAAUACAAAGAAGUGGCGGUUCAAUUGCCGAGACAGUUACUCGCUGUACAUACUCAUUAUGAAAAUGUUACCAUUUCUCUAUGGGAAUCGUCACUUAGGAAAGUUUACGCUUCACGGUAUCGUCAUACACUCGAUAUAAAUAUUGAUCCACCGGAUGUUAUUACGGAACGAGAUUUACGGAAUGAUCACUAUUUACAAGAUGUAAAUUCUCAAGAACUAUCCUUUGUAUCCUACAACUUGAUUUUGAAUGGACCAAUCAGUAUUUGCGUCAAUCAGUUCUGUAAUCAGCCUAUUUUUACAGAAGCCUGGAUUAUUUUUGCUAUUGGAAAAAGUACCUUUUUAAUUCCAAAUAUCAUAAUUCUGUGUAGCUAUAGAUGCGCUGUAAAUUUUUUAAAGACUCCGUAUUUCAUGGACAAUUUUGAAUUAUACAGGUUGCAUCAUAAUUGA